AGAGAGAGAGAGAGGGAGAGUGGGUCCCAUUUUUUUUUUUUUUUUUUCGCUGCAGCUACUGCACCUCCUCCUGUUGUUGGUAUUGCUUCCCCCAUUCAGCACCCACGACGUGCAACCAUGGCAGCAGCUUCAGCAGCACCGCUAGCGCUGAACGGAGUGAAAAUGGCGACAACUUCACAGGCGUACCUAGACAGCAAUCCACUGAGAGAAACAAAGCUCUUCAUAUCCGACCUCUUCCGUCAAUUCUACUCCCUCGGAUGGGUCUCCGGGACAGGUGGCAGCAUCUCCAUCAAGGUCCACGACCACCCCAUCCCCAAACUCCACCGCCUCCUCAUCAUCUCCCCUUCCGGUGUGCAAAAGGAAAGAAUGGUUCCAGAGGACAUGUAUGUGGUCUCUCCAAUUAUGUCUAUACUGUCUUCGCCAUUAUCGAAGCCAUACCCUCACAAGCCUCCCAGAUGUUCCUAUUGUGCUCCUCUCUUCUUGAAGGCUGAAUGUUACCAUUACCUCUUCGAUGCUGCUAUUAAACUUUAUCAAUUGGGCUUGGACUGGUCUACCCCGAAUCAUGGUCUGAUUUCUAAUUCCAGAAGAGCUUUCUGUGGUCACCAGAAUGUAAACACAUCUGUGAAGGCAGGGUCUCUAAAAUCAAAUAAUGAAAUUGAGCCAUUACGGCGUUGCGUUCUUCUAGACAUUGAAGGGACCACUACUCCUAUAUCAUUUGUUAGUGAUGUUCUCUUUCCAUAUGCCCGCGACAAUGUGGGGAGGCAUUUAGAUGCAACAUAUGACACUGCUGAGACUCAAGAUGACAUUAAGUUGUUGCGCUUUCAAGUACAGGAUGACUUAGAACAAGGAAUUGCUGGUGCUGUGCCCAUCCCUUCUGAUGAUGCUGGGAAAGAGGAGAUCAUUCCAGCUUUGGUUGCUAAUGUGGAAGCAAUGAUAAAAGCUGACAGGAAGAUUACUGCCUUGAAACAAUUGCAGGGUCAUAUAUGGAGAACUGGAUUCCAAAAUAAUGAACUUGAGGCCGUAGUUUUUGAUGAUGUACCUGAAGCUCUUGAGAAGUGGCAUGCUUUAGGCAUCAAGGUGUACAUAUAUUCCAGUGGUAGUAGAUUGGCACAAAGGCUCAUAUUUGGCAAUACAAAUUAUGGGGACUUGAGAAAAUACUUGUGUGGAUUUUUCGAUACCAUAGUGGGGAACAAGAAAGAAACAACCAGUUAUGCUGAAAUAUCGGAAUCUGUGGGAGUAGAUAGGCCAUCAGAGAUCUUAUUUGUGACUGAUGUCUAUCAAGAAGCUAUAGCUGCCAAGGCAGCAGGUUUGGAGGUGAUAAUUUCGGUGCGGCCAGGAAAUGGACCUCUACCUGAGAAUCAUGGGUUCAAGACAGUCAACUCUUUCGCAGAGAUCUAAGAUUUAGGAGUGUUCCCUGUAAGCUUCCUUUAACAUGACAUAGUUAUAAUUAACGAUGAUAUACUACAUUAAUAAGCAAAUUUCCUUCCUGAUAAACUUGCCAUUGAGUUUAUGUUUUGUUGCUACACUACUCUUUUCAACAACAACAAAAAAACAAAAAAGAAAAAAAAAAAA